AUGCCUUACGGGAUCUCCCCUGCAGGAGAGAUUUUCCAGCAACGACUAGACCAGGCAAUUGAUGACUUGGAUGGUGUACGGACUGUUGCUGAUGACAUUUUAGCAAUAGGAAAUGGAGAGACGAUGCGGAAAGCUGUAGCUGACCAUGACAGAAAGCUCAAGGAACUAUUCGACCGUUGCAGAGCUAAACAUAUCAAGCUUAACCCAAACAAGAUUGAGUUGAAGAAGACCUCAAUGCCAUAUAUUGGCCACAUUCUUACCUCUGACGGUGUCCAAGCGGAUCCUGCUAAAGUACAAGCCAUACUAGAAAUGAAGCAACCCAUAGACGUGGCUCGAGUCAGGAGAAUCCUCGGAACAGUUCAUUAUCUCGCCAAGUUCCUUCCUAUCUGAACCACUACGACAACUCACAAGAAAGAAUCAGCCUUUCGAUUGGGACAAAUCGCAUGACGCCACUUUCACCCAAAUAAAGAAAUUGAUUGCAUAACCGCCAGUCCUCAAGUACUACGAGUCGACCAAACCCCUGAUAAUACACUGUGACGCUAGCGACCACGGCCUGGGGGCCACACUCAUUCAAGAGGGAAAGCCUGUCGCAUUUGCAAGCCGAGUAUUGACGCACGCGGAGAAACAAUACGCUCAGAUAGAAAAGGAACUGUUAGAAAUCAACGAAAUACUAAAUUGUGAAACAACAACCAUAUUCCAAGAUCACACAACGAAAGUUCAAGACCUACAGCAAGUCAAAUCAUUCAUCCAGGCAGGAUGGCCCGAAAGCUCCAAAGAUCUAUCUCCAACAAUCACCCCGUACUUCCAUUUACGAGACGAAUUAACAACACAAAUGGGCCUCGUGUUUAGAGGAGACCGCGACGUUAUCCCAAAAUCACUACGAAAGCAAGUACUGAAUGAAUUGCAUGCAGCACACCAAGGGAUCGCAUCGACAAGUCGGCGAGCCAGAGAAACCGUCUACUGGCCACACCUGAACCAAGAAUUGAAAGACCACAACUCACAUUGCAUCACCUGUGACACAUUCAAUUCCAAGCAGCCGAAAGAACCUCUCAUCCCGCAUGAAAUACCAAAGAGAGCAUGGGCAAAAAUCGGUUGUGAUAUCUUUAAAUUUGAAAAGAAAUCGUAUUUAGUAACAGUGGACAGUAUACUACUCGAACUUCUUCGAAGUUGAACAAUUGGCAUCACAUGCAGUCAUAAAGAAACUAAAGCCCCAUUUCGCCAGGUUCGGUAUUCCAAAUACUCUCGUGACAGACAACGGCCCACAAUUGAUCAGUGAUGACUUUCGAGACUUCUCCAUGAAGUACCAAUUUGAGCAUAUAACGACCAGUCCCUAUCACCACCAAUCCAACGGCAAAGCCGAAUCUGCCGUCAAGCAAGCCAAACGAAUAAUUCGAACAUGAAAAUCAUCCUGAAACGAUGACAUUUACCUUGCCCACCGAAACAACCCCCCAACAACCUAUGAAACAAGCCCCGCACAACGACUGUUUGACGGCCGUACAAAGACUCGCUUGCCCGUCUCGGAGAAGUUGCUCCAACCGAAGAUAAAUCCGCAAACAAACAAACGCAUCCAACAAAGACAACAGCUCCAAAAGAAAUACCACGAUCGUGGCGCAAAAGAGCUCAGCCCGUUGCGGAAAGGAGAAGUGGUGAGACUACAGCCAACCCGAAUCGGCGAAAAGAAAUGGAAGAGAGGGAUAGUCGUACGCAAAGCCGGGAUAAGACCAUAUGAAGUCCAAUGCAAAGGGUAUACCUAUACUAGAAACAGAAAAUUCAUCCGACGAUCAAGGUUACCUGCAGAAUUCGGUAGUGACAACGUAGAUGAAGAGAUGUCAGACAUGUCCGAAGCGGAAGAGAACGUUUCUGUACCUACUGACAAUGAUCUGCCCCAAGAAAACCCUCAACCAGCACACUUAGAACGCAAUGAAACAAGUACCGAAACAAGUUCUACAAGCAAAACCCGUAGUGACCUGACAGGCUAG